GUUCUGCUUCAUAAUCUGCAUUAAAAGGAUAAAAGAAGCUAGCACAAGGUACGCAAGGGGGUCCUUCCAUUGAUGACAUUUUUGUGAACAGAGUGAUGGCUUUUGUUUUUCAUCAGCCUGGGAGCUUGGCUGUAUGGCUUCUCUCUUUGCUUACCAUCUUCACCUUCAUUGAAAGUAAGAAGCUGCUAGUGCUACCUCAAGAUGGAAGUCACUGGCUCAGCAUGUCUGCUGUCGUGCAAAAGCUCAGCGAACGAGGUCAUGAGAUAACAGUGGUGGCACCAGAAAUUAAUUUGCUCUUAAAAGGAUCGAAAUAUUACAAGCAGAAAACAUAUGCUGUGCCAUACACACAGGUGGAUCUUGAUGCUGGAUUUCAGAAGUUUGCAAGAAACCUAUUCCAUAAGGUUUCUUUUCCUUACACAAUUCUUCAAGAGUAUCGGAACAACAUGUAUGUAAUAAAUAUGUUUUUUGACAAUUGUGACAGCCUUCUGAAGAAUGCAGAACUCAUAAGGUACCUGGAAGACCACCAAUUUGAUGCACUUUUUACAGAUCCAGCUUUGCCAUGUGGAGUCAUCCUAGCUGAAUAUCUUUCCAUCCCUUCUGUAUACUUCUUUCGUGGAUUCCCAUGCAAUUUAGAGCAUGCAAUUUGUAAGUCUCCAAACCCAGUUUCCUAUAUCCCAAGAUGCUAUACCAAGUACACAGACCAAAUGACUUUCAUUCAACGUGUGGUUAAUCUGUUCGUUAAUUCUGUAGAGACGUCACUUUUUAAGACUCUAUAUAACAAAUAUCAGGAUAUUGCUUCAGAGUUUCUACAGCGAGAUGUUCACUUACCAACACUUUACAGAAAUGGUUCAAUCUGGCUUUUGCGUUAUGACUUUAUCUUUGAGUAUCCGAGGCCUCUCAUGCCCAACAUGGUCUUUAUAGGAGGCAUAAACUGUGAAGAAGGGAAAGUCCUGCCUGUGGAAUUUGAAACCGUAGUUAAUAAAUCUGGUGAACAUGGCAUUGUGGUGUUUUCUUUGGGUUCAAUGGUCUCUGAAAUUCCAAUGAAAAAAGCCAUGGAAAUUGCAGAAGGAUUGGGAACAAUACCUCAGACGGUGCUGUGGAGGUAUACCGGAGAAGCUCCACCCAACCUUGCCAAGAACACAAAGCUUGUUAAGUGGCUUCCACAAAAUGAUCUACUUGCUCAUCCAAAAGCCAAAGCCUUUAUCACUCAUGCAGGUUCCCAUGGGAUCUAUGAGGGGAUCUGCAAUGCGGUGCCAAUGGUAAUGUUGCCACUUUUUGGAGACCAAAUGGACAACGCAAAACGGGUGGAAUCUCGAGGGGCAGGAGUGACUCUGAAUGUACUUGAAUUGACUUCGAAGGACCUGUCUGAUGCACUGAAGGCUGUCAUUUAUGACAAAAAGUAUAAAGAGAACAUCCAGCAUCUCUCAGACCUUCACUUGGACAGACCCAUCCACCCUAUUGAUCUUGCAGUGCAUUGGGUAGAGUUUGUGAUGAAGCACAAGGGGGCUCCCCAUUUGCGGCCAGCAGCCCAUGACCUUAACUGGAUCCAGUACCACUCGAUUGACGUCAUUGCCUUCCUCAUGGCUGUAGCACUGAUUGCUCUAUUCGUCUCAUUGAAAUGUUGUAUGUUUUGCUGUAGGAAGUGUUUCUGCAAAAGUGGAAGAUUGAAUAAGAAAAGCAAAUCAAAAUCCCAGUAAAAUGAGAUGGGUUGUGACAGAGGAAGGGGAGUAUAAUGAAAUGGGCUUUGUUCAAGGAGAUCAUAAAACAUCACAGCAUACCUAGGGCCAAUUUGCAGGCAUUCUUUUAAAAUACAACAACAUACCCAGUGACUUGCAUGAGUCACUGCCAUGCCUACAUGCAAGUAAAAUAGCUUGACCAAUGAAAUAUAGACAUAAGCAACCUUAUCUUCAGGGGACCUAUGAACUUCCAGAUAGACUCCAGAGCUGUGUAGUUCAUCAAUCUAAAGGAAUAAUUUGUGUACACAGCUGGUGGGUCAGGACCCACAAAUGGGUAACACCACAACCUAGGAUCUGUCAUACUGUGGCACGUAUCGCAAUUUGGGUGGGUGUGUUCUUCUAAGAAAAGGAGAAUAAAAAGGCCAAGGAAGAACACAAACAGAAUUACAAGGUAGCAAAUGAAUAUAGAGGACUAUUGUGCCUUUAACAGCUGCAUGGGAGAGGGGAUUUUUGACAGCUAUAGCUUAUGUAGAGAUGAAAAAUGCUGCAGCUGUGAGAAUUUCCUCUUUGACAGGAACUCUGCCCUCCUUUCCGUCUAGUCAUUCUGGAAGGAGAAGGACACAGGUGGGCAUAUCUAAUACAGAAUUAAAAAUGGAUUCUCUAUGACUAAAAGUGGGGCUAAAAGUGGGUCCUAGGCAUGAGAAGGUUGGAAAUUACUGGUGUAUACUAUUCAGUUGCACAAGUUAGUUGAGUCUCUAGGAAUGCGUGUUACUGCUGACCAAAAUCAGUAUUAUGAAAAUUGGCUCCAAGUAUGAGCUCCAUCACAUCUGUGAUUUAUCGCACAUUCGCCAUGCCUGGUGUGCAGUUUUGCAGCUAGGUACUCACAUGACAUCGUCUCUGCCCUGCACUCAUUUCACCUCUUCCCCUCCAUGUUUCGUUUCUUUUUGGAAUGGGGAAAGUCUGUUUGUCCCCCUCCAUGCGAAAUAAAUGCGCUCCUCCCUCCCGUGUAUUGCUAUCAUUGCGUUCUAUCCAACCAUCCUGUUCUCUGUUGAGAGUGUGUGUGUCUAAGGGCGGUCUCACUAACAAAAGAGGAGCACAGUGCAGUUCCCUGCUCAACUGUGAAGGGGAGGGAAAGAGGUCCCGUUUAACUCCAUGUUAUUACUCCUGAGUAGGCAUGACCAGGGGUACAUUUUCACCUUAAAAGAAAUGUAGAAAAUGCACCCUCCUUGCCUGUAGCUCCCUCAUUUUCAAAGAUAAAGAGGUGAAACUUAGGACCUUGAAAGCUCUCAAGUAGAGCUUUCAGCAUGCCAAGUUUGAAUCAGAUUGGUUCAUUCCUUGAUUUUCUAGGAUUUUAAAAAAUAUUUUCCCCUUUAAAGGAAAAUCGUUCCUUCACAAAUGCAAAGAGGUGGACUUUUGCACUGGUGGACUUUUGCACUGGCAGACUAUCAGGAAAAUGGUAUAAAGGGGGAAAUUUUUAAAAACAUUUAAAAAAUCAAGGGAUAAACUGAACUGAUUCAAACUUGGCAUGGCUAAAGCCCUCCAUAAGCGCUAUAACUGUGCUAAGUUCAAUCUCUUUAUCUUUAAAACUUACACAGAUGUAAGCAUAUUUGUUAAUUUCCAUUUUUAAAAAAUCCUUAAAAUCAAGGCAAGAAUGGAUCUGAUUCAAACUUGGGGUGGCUAAAGCCCUCCUUAAGAGCUAUCACCAUGCCAAGUUUGAUCUCUUUAUCUUUACAAAUUAUGCAGAUGUAAGAAUUUUUGUUACCUUGAAACAAAGGAGGGGACCUACCACCUUUACAAAAGAAAUUAGUUAAAAUGAUUGUUCAUCUGCCCACCCUUUGAAACAAGCAAAACAGGCCUUCUCUCCUCCUCCCCUGUAAACCUUUCCCAAGCCAAGGGGCAGCAACAGCCUCGGCCCAGGCACUCCCUCCUGCUUCUUCCAAACGGCCUCCCUUCCUUGGAGUUAAAUAUGAUCUUAGGGGAAAGUAUAGUGUCUUGUUUUACCAUAAUUGGACAGUUUCAGGCUGCUGUACUAUUGUAUUUGGCAGAAAUAAAGAAUUUUUUUAAAAAAAUAAAAAAUAAAUUAACUGCAAGGGAAAGGAGAAUGUAGGGGGCGGGGAGGGAGAUUUUGCCGGCAUAGUAGCAGUAAGGUGAAAAGACGCAUGAGCUGAAAGAGUGCAACAACACAGAGAUGUGAAAGUGCCUGGCACUUGACUCGCUAAGGAAACGGAGGGCGAAACCACGGAAGAAAACUGGAUAAAAAAAGUAGGUGUGAUGGAGCUCUCGAAGUGCUUUCAAAAUAUAAUUGACUUCAAAGAUGGGUCUCCUCUUUGCUGCCAUUUCAAUGUGUUUGUCAUUUAGUGCUUUUCAUUUCAAUGUAUUCAUUUAGGAAAUUCUGAUAUGAUUGUUAAGGAUAAUUUGUGCACAAAAAGACAUUCAUGGCACUAGAACAGCCUUCCAUUUCUUCUUUUCCUCAGAAAGGUCAUUUUUGUGGCAGCCUUUAUUUUAUCUCCUCUAACAUAAGGAGUCCUGUGAUCUGUCACAGUACUCCAAUUUCUAGAGGCCUAAGUGGGAGUCUUUUCAGAAACAAGGUUACAGGAAUGUUGAUGGAGCAAUAAGUAGAGGAAGGAGCCUAGCCCUGCUGAUUUGCUGCAGCCAGCGGAGGCGGUAGGGGAUGUUUUCGGUCCCCCGCCCUGCCCUGCCCCUGCUCCUGGUAGAUCUUUCUUUAUUUUCCCUCCUACUCAAAGCAACAUGAGGGGAAAUUACUACGCUGGCCCUAUCAAGUAGAUCAAAGGUCACCUCAACACGCUCUAUCUGUUGAGGUGAACAUUGAUCUACUUGAUAGGGCCAGCGUAGUAAUUUUCCCUCACGUUGGGCACCUCAACACGCUCUAUCUGUUGAAGUGAGAACGCCUGCUGGCAGAAAAUAUGCACGGACACAGCUUUCUGCAGAAGGACCGGGGUUGGGGGAAUGCGCCACUCCCUCUGAACUCCUUUCUACUGGCGAAGGGGCAACUUCCACCGUAUCCUAAAUGCCCUUCUCUCUCCUGCAGCAAGGGUUAGGUUUCCUCUUUUAGGGUGUGAGUAUGUAUAUAUAGUCUGGGUAGAAACAUUCCCAACCCCAGUCCCGUAUGGUGUGGGUGUUACUCUGCACGCACUGCAGAUGGUGGCUCGCACAAAGCCAUCUAAUGAGUCCAUGGCAGUGGUGAGAUGCGUAGAACACUUUGCUAGCCACAACACUUCACCAGUAGAGCAGACUUGCGAAUCUCAGUGCCAAAGAAACCAUAAUCAGGCCAGCAGCAACUGUUGACAAAAACCAGGCUGGCUGCAAGCAGCCCCACUCCCCAAACAUUCUCACUACUCAGAUAAAUCUGUCUCCUACUUGACUUGCCCUCAAAGUGAGGUUAUUUUUUUUAAAAAAAAUGUGAAAACGUUCUCUAGUUAGCACCAUGUGAUUAUUGUGUAAAUCUAAAUGGAACAGUAAAUUACCUCUGCUGAUCUUUGUAACUGAUAUUCUGCAAAUAAAUCUACAGUAACAUUGAA